CUAUAGUAUAUAUUCAUGCAGCAUUGUGAAGAUGAGAGUAAGCUAAAUAUAUUUGUAGUCUCCAAAAUCUUUAAGAGCUGUGCAGUGUUUGAAAUAUAAAGGAGAGACCUGCCAGCUGGAUAGCUGCACCCUCCUUUGAGCUAGCGUUAGCUUGCUGGAAUAACUCCAAAUAAAACUAACGUUAGCUCAGUGAACAUCAGCCUCUGCCGGGCUAACAGUCACAUAUCCUCACGUUUUCACCACAAGACGAGGCAAACAAUCAACCAACGACAGUUUUAACUGAGACCAAAAGCGUCACCUGUCAUCCAUGGCUUCAUCAGAGGUCAGCAUGCAGGAAAUGAGUGAGGUUGUGAUCGUCACCAUACCAGAAACAGCCAGCGAGGACCUCCCCUCUGUGGUGGAGGAGGAUAAGGCAGUUCUGGUGACUGCAGAGCUGACCCCUCAGCCUGGGGAGGACAUCCUCACAGUGGCCCCAGUGGAAGCAGAGGCUGAGGCCAGCAGAGCAGAUUCACUAUCAAAGGAAGAGGCAGUCAUUGUGAAGUUAACUGAGGAGGUGGAUGUGGAAGCUGAUGUCUUCUACCCAAUCACCUGUGGAGACGCCAAAGCCACGCUGGUCUGGAAGAAGUUCGUCUGCCCUGGGAUCAAUGUAAAAUGUGUCCAGUUCAAUGAGCAGCUCAUCAGCCCGAAGGAGUUUGUGUGUUUAGCAGGGAAAUCUACUCUGAAGGACUGGAAGAGAGCCAUCCGCCUCAACGGGACCAUGCUCAGGAAGAUCAUGGACUCGGGUGAGCUGGACUUCUACCAGCAUACAAAGCUCUGCUCCAACACCUGCCGCAGCACUAAGAUAGACCUGGUGGGAACCAAAGUGUCCAUCAGCUGUGAUCAGUCUGCUGAACUGGUUCCUGCCACCCCCUCAUCAGCUGAUUUGAACGGAGCAGCAGCCUCUUUUCCAGAGGUGGCAGAGGAGACUUCAGAGUGGGUCACAGCCAUCGGAGAGGACUCUGUGGCGUUCUGGCGUGCAGUGAAGGAGGCAGGACUGCUGGAGGAGGUGGUGGAGGACUUCCAGAAGGAGCUGCAGGAGGUGCUGAAGGGGCUGCAGGAGAGAGUGUGUGACCCACCGCUACAGGUCAAAGAUGCUGUCUUGCUCAACAAUAUCGUGCAGAACUUUGGGAUGUUGGACCUCGUGAAGAAGGUUCUGGCUAGUCAUAAGAGCCAGAUGGACCGGUACAGAGAGCAGUACACUCGCAGCCUCGCCGCUCUGGAGCAGCAGUGUGACGAGCACAGGAAGCGAGCCAAGGAGCUGAAGAGCAAAUCCCAGCACCUCAACAAUGUCCUGAUGACCCUCACCCCAGUCCCCGCCCCCCCCGCGCCCAAGCGUCCCCGGCUGACCCGCGCCGUUUCCGGCCCGGCCUCGGUCGGCGCCACCCCCACACAGAUCACUCUGCCUCUCAACCAGCUGACCGGCCUGCCGCUGGGCAAGGUGCUGACCGUGGCAGGAGCCCAGGCUGGCACCAACCUGGGCGGGUACACCUUCCUGACCUCCUCGCUCUCUGGGUCGGAGCUGGCGGCCGACGCCUCUAACCUGACUGUGUUGUCCACAGCGGUGGGUCAGGACGGCGCAGCUGGGGCCGGCAGCUCCACACCCUCCACGGCCUUCGUUAAGGUGGUCGGCCCUCAGUUCCAGCUGGUGACGCUGCCGGCCACGCUGCAGAGCCUGGCCAGCACACAAAACACUGCUGUCCAACAGCAGGUCGGGAGCAUCAGCGUGGUGGACGCCACGGCAACUGCUGUGGAGGAUUCACAAGAGGAAGGCCAGGCUGAUGGUGAUGAUGAAGGUCAAUCAGAGCAGGUUAAAGGGGAAGAUGGCGAGCAGCCGGCUGAGCAGCAGUGAGACGAAGGACAGCUGUUCUGCCUCUCAGCUUGUGGUCGCCUUCAUUAAUCACUGUGGAGCCUGGAUUGAAUGUGCAUUUCCUGUGAAGGCUGAGGGCUCGUCCACAUUUUCACUUUUGCAGACCAUUUCAUACAUUGUGUUCAUUUCCCAUUUAACGCAGCAUAUGAGCCAUCCUUGUAGAUGUCCUUCAUCUUUCAAGAUACCCAAAUUUAUGUUAGAGUCGCAUCUGGUGUCAGAAGUGUGAAUUCCAGUAGUGAUUUUACUGUAAAUAUGUUUUUGUAACUAAUAUAUUUGAUACAGCUGUUUUCUGUAGGGAUUCAUUCCACAUAGGAGGCUAAAAGGACAGUUGCUGUGUUUGAUAUUAAAUGCUCCGUUUUCAAAAACUAAUUGUGCAGCAUUAUUACAUAUUGUAAAUAUUAAUGUCAACAGCGAGUAACUGAUUUCAUUGGUUACUUUGUUUGACUGCACCUCACUGUCUUCAUCAGAUAAGAUAAGAUAAGACUUGGGGGGGCGUUCUAAAUUCAUUUAUAUAAAAAACUGUACAGGAUCUGUGUUUUGCCUCUUACAUACAGUAGUAUGAUAUUUGUCCUGUUGCCUUUAAGACAGCUUACCCUCCUCUGCUGUGCAGUGUGUCAGAUUCAGCUGAAAAACUAAAGUUAUAUGUAAAGACAGGUUGUAAAGGGCCGUCCUGCAGGAGACAGGCUGAGGCCUUUAGCGCCCCAGUUUAGAUUGGGCUAUCCUGUACUAUUCUUCCUUCUAAUUGCUAAACAAAUGUGCAGUUAAGACCACAUGCUAAUCGCCACACAUGAAGCAGGGGCCUCUGAGGUCUCUGAGGGUUUGGUCGGUCACAGAUGUUCUCCAUUAAAUUCGCUGAGUUUUUGACCACAUUGAGAGCAAAGUGUGACUUUACUUUGCGCGUCUCUUACUUGGCCACAAGGUGGCGCAACAGUAUUACAGUAUGAAAGGCUUUGAGUGGUCAGGCUGCGUGUUCGUGUCUCCAGCAGUCACACGCUUCAGGUUUCUUCCUCUGCCUGGUGGAUGUUUGGUUGCACAGUGAUGUGACUGAUUUCAGACCAGUAGAGUGAUUUGGAUCGAUAGAGAAAGACUAAGCAGAAAACCUACUUUUGUUUCGGCUUUGCAGGAUAUUUCCUGGUAGAAAGUUUAAUGGCAGCAUCGGAAAGAAGA